GCGGAUGGGAGGCGGCGUCCGGGCGGGCGAGCGACGGCGCCGCGGCCACCAUGGGGAACAAGCAGACCGUCUUCACCGAAGAACAGCUGGACAGCUAUCAGGACUGCAGCUUCUUCAAUAAGAAGGACAUCCUCAAGCUCCACGCACGGUUCUAUGAGCUGGCCCCCAACCUUGUCCCGAUGGACUACAGGAAGAGCCCGAUCGUCCACGUGCCCAUGAGCCUCAUCAUCCAGAUGCCGGAGCUCCGGGAGAAUCCCUUCAAGGAAAGGAUCGUGGAGGCCUUUUCUGAGGACGGCGAGGGGAACCUCACCUUCAAUGACUUUGUGGACAUGUUUUCCGUGCUCUGUGAGUCAGCUCCUCGUGAUCUCAAGGCCAACUACGCCUUCAAGAUCUACGACUUCAACACUGACAACUUCAUCUGCAAGGAGGACCUGGAGAUGACACUGGCCCGGCUCACCAAGUCAGAGCUGGAUGAGGAAGAGGUGGUGCUUGUGUGUGACAAGGUCAUCGAGGAGGCCGACCUGGACGGCGAUGGCAAGCUGGGCUUUGCUGACUUUGAGGACAUGAUCGCCAAGGCUCCUGACUUUCUCAGCACAUUCCACGUCCGGAUCUGAGGACAUUGCCAAGGCCACAGGGACUUGGAAGCCCACCAUCCAGCCCUGCUGUCUAUAUGGGUGUCACCUCCAGGCCCCCAGGAAAGGAGCCUUGGCCUUUGGGGUUUAUGCUCAUGAACAUAUCCUGUAGCCCUUUCAGCAAAAAAAAACCUUAACCAGGGAAGGGGGGAUGAGAGGAGUAGGGUCCUUCCCAGGCCCCCGUGGUCCGGCUCCAGGGCCCCUACCCCCCCACAGGCUCUCCCUCUGCUCCACCACCUUCCCCCCACUCCAUUCCUAAUGGCGGGGGACACUGACUUGUCCAAGUGCCGGGGGACACCCCGGUCACCCAGGGCAGAGUGCAAAAAAAAGGGGGGUGGAGACAGGGUUUUAAUGAGCUAUGCAAUCUUUUCUCCAAAACCUAAGUCUGGGCCACACCCCACCCCCCUGCCUGCUCCCCUUCUCCCCGCCCCGCAAUGUGAAGCUUUGUGAACAGUGGGCCCAAGGGCUCUGCCCCAUCUCUGCCUCUGGGUCACGAGCACUGCCCCACCUACCCUUCCCAAUGAUCUGCAGCCCUCACUGGUGUGUGCUGUCCACAGACUCAUGAACUCCUCAUAGUAAAACACUUUGGUGUUCCCACGCUCUCUGUGUCUGCCAACGUUAGGAAGUGUUUGACGCUACCUUUCCUCCUGGUCCUUGAAAUCCCACCAUUGGUGCUUGACCUCUGGAUUAAGCAUUGCCCUCCCACAUUAGGCACUUAGUUAUUUAGUGCUGCUGUAACAGAAAUACCACAAAAUGGAUAGCUUUAGUAAACAGUUUAUUCUCUCACAGUCUAGGAGGCUGAAGUCCAAAUUCAGGGUGCCAGCUGUAGGGGAAUGCUUUCUGUCUCUGUCGGUUAUGAGGGAAGGUCCUUGUCAUCAAUUUUCCCCUGGUCUAAGAGCUUCUCAGCACAGGAACCCCAGGUCCAAAGGAUGGGCUCUGCUCCAGCACUGCUUUCUUGGUGGUCUGAGGUCCUGCUGUCUCUCUGCUCCUUCUCUCUUUUGUAUCUCAAAAGAGAUUGGCUUAAGACACUAUCUAAUCUGGUAAAUUGAGUCCUGCCUCAUUAACAUAACUGCCGCUAUCCCACCCCCUUAACAUCAUAGAGGAAGGAUUUACAACACAUAGGAAAAUCACAUCAGAUGACAAAAUGGUGGACAGUCACACAGCACUGGGACUCAUGGCCUAGCCAAGGUGACCACACAUUUUGAGGGGGCACAAUCCAGUCUAUAACAGGCACUAACUUUUUUUCAAUGCUGAUGCCUUUGGGAGGAAGAAGCAUCCAUGCCCCAAAGCUUGUGUGAAUUCCACAGAGGAUGUAGGUGAAAAUCACUUGCACUCCCUUUGUAACAGUAGUUCUGGUUAACGUUUAUAGAGUGCCAGCCAUGUGUCAGGCCAGGGCUAUUUGCUUUACUCUAAAUCCUAAUAACCCUCUUAGGAGGUAGGGACUCUUAGAACUCCAUUUUUCAGAGGGAAAAGCUGCAUAGCCAAGGGGCAGCUAAGGGUAGAUUUUCCCACAAAUGUGAAUGGCGCCUGCUCUGCCCAGGGGCUGGGCGAAGGUGCCUAUGGUGUCUAUCUGGUCAUAGUCAGUUCUCUUUUCCACUUCUCGGCCUGGGGGCAGCAAGCCAAUUGCUCACCCUUAUGGAGGUAGGGACAUGUGGGCAAGAGAGGAAUUGAGGACAAAACAGAAAGGAUGCAGAGGGGAGGGGACCCAGGAAGAGGCAGCCUGCCUGAGGGCGUGGCUUUAGGGAGAGGCCUGAGUGCCCUGUGUCCAGGGCUGGUCCCUUAGGCUCCUUGGAAAAUAAAAACCAAACCAAAUCCAUUGCUGUCAAGUUGAUUCCGACUCAUAGCGACCCUAUAGGGCAGAGUAGAACUGCCCCUUAGGGUUUCCAAGAAGCUGGUGGAUUUGAGCUGCAACCUUUUGGUUAGCAGCCAGGCUGUUAACCAUUGAGCCACCAGGGCUCCUCUGGGAGAACAGGGCCACCAAAUGGGGCUGUGUCUCAUGGGAGGGAUCUGCAAGCAACCCUUAAAGGCCAGAACUGGCCUGGAGGCAGAGGGCAGGGAGGGUGACCUGAUGAGAUGGGUGGCUACAAGUACCCUCUGGCUGGCUCCAGAAACCACCCAGUGGGGCAGCCCAGGUUGACCCUCAGCCAGGCUUGAGUCUGCCUUACCAGGGGAUGUCUGCUCAGGCCCCACCCUGCUAUGUGGCCCUAAGCACAUUUGCUGUUCCUCUCUGGGGUUCAUUUUUCCCAUCUGCGGCACAAAGGGUUUGGACUGGAUGCACCUUUGGGUCUGACCAGAUGGCCUUUGCUGCCACUUCCCCGUGCUUCCUGCCCCAGUCCCCAUGAGACAGGGGCAAGGGCUGUGACUCCGGGGCCUCCUCUCCCUCCUGUUGAUAGGGCCCUGAGGAAGAGAACUGGCUUUGAUCUCAAGAGCCACGGCAUGAAGUGUCUCAACCAGUUAGGAAGAUGUCUGUCCUAGCGCAGGGCUCGUUGCGUGCUCCGUACAUGUUCAAUGAGCACACAGAUGGAAGUGUGGGAGGCAGGCCCAGUCCGUCAGUCUGGGCCUCAGCAGGCCCAUCUAGGAAGUAGGGGUAAUGACAGAGGCAGGUCCCCACUCCUCUUGAGCCUUGGUUGCCUCCUGUGGAUGGGUGGCAGGUGCCAGGGAAGCAGGGCAUAGCCAGGGGCUGCAGGCAGCUGGAAGGCCCCCUCCUGCCCCCUCUUUGGGCAGCCACUUGGGCUGUCUGAGCCUGGUUCCAGGGCAGGCUGGUUGGGUCUGAGGAUCUGAGAGGUGCCUUCAGGUGAGCCGGGAGCUUCCCCAAAGCCACUGGCCCAGCCCAGGUACCAGGAGACCCACUUGUGUGGGGCUGCUGGAAGCUAGACCCUCCUCAGAAUUUGUGCUUCUUGUCUGCAAAGAAGAGCCUCCGGAGCUUGUCAGGCUGCAAGGAAGGAGAAGAUACUGGGGCUGGGUCCCUGGACAGGGAAGGAGACCUAGGCUCAGAGGGUCCGUCAGCAUUGACCUGAGGGCUAGAGCCCAGGAAAUGAGGCCAAGUCGGAAUAUUGACGGUUGCUUCCACCUCCUCCCAUGAGCCACUUACAAUGCCUAAAACACCACCAUCCACCCCCAGGUCUGGACUAAGCACUUGGUCUCUUCUGACUAGGGAGGCUAAGGGAAAGGAAGGGCCUAGAGACAGGAGCAGAAUAAAGAUCAAGCACCAAGCUCCCCACCCCCCAGAGCUCUCUGCCCCAAUUGGGGGCCUCGGGAUACACUGGUGUCCUACCCAGGGUGGGGGUGGGAGUGUAAAUGGUGCCACCAGGGACAGGAGAGGACAUGCGGCUUCGUAGCCAGGGGAAGAGCAGACAUGGAAGCCCCAUCUUAUACAUCUAGCGGCUACCUCUCCCACCGCUACCAAGCAAAGGGUGUAAUUCUGGGCUGUGGCAAGGAGCUGGUCUGCAAUGCCUGACGAGCACAGGUCCCCACCUACCACUGGGUGCUCCCUAAGGGCCAGCACCACCCUCGCCUGACGCAUGGAGCCCACCUUGUGUGUUCGUCCGGUCUCCUUGCUCUUGGCUGCUGAGAUUUGCUCAUAGGUAUUCCCGGACUCUGGAAUCCUCUUGUAGUCACAGUCUAUGGGCCCUGACAGCUUGCUGUAGGUGGGGCUGGACCCAAGAUAUGGAGGCCUGGCUGG